UGGGGAGCCCCCCCGCCCCACAUCCUGCCCCUCAAAAGGCAGCUUCACCAAAGUGGGGUAUUUCCAGACUUUGUAGCUUUCACUUCCACAUCUACCAAGUGGGCGGAGUGGCCUCCUGUGGACGAAUCAGAUUCCUCUCCAGCGCCAACUUUAAGAGGUGAGCCAGGGGUUCAGGGUCCCAGAUGUACAGGAGCAGCAGGAGGAGCUGUCAGGAAGAUCAGAAGCCAGUCAUGGAUGACCAGCGCGACCUGAUCUCCAACAAUGAGCAACUGCCCAUGCUGGGCCGGCGCCCUGGAAUCCCGGAGAGCAAGUGCAGCCGUGGAGCCCUGUACACAGGCUUUUCCAUCCUGGUGACUCUGCUUCUGGCUGGCCAGGCCACCACCGCCUACUUCCUGUACCAGCAGCAGGGCCGGCUGGACAAACUGACAGUCACCACCCAGAACCUGCAGCUGGAGAACCUGCGCAUGAAGCUUCCCAAGCCUCCCAAGCCUGUGAGCCAGAUGCGCAUGGCAACCCCGCUGCUGAUGCAGGCGCUACCCAUGGGAGCCCAGGGGCCCAUGCAGAAUGCCACCAAGUAUGGCAACAUGACAGAGGACCAUGUGAUGCACCUGCUCCAGAAUGCCGACCCCCUAAAGGUGUACCCGCCGCUGAAGGGGAGCUUCCCGGAGAACCUGAGACACCUUAAGAACACCAUGGAGACCUUGGACUGGAAGGUCUUUGAGAGUUGGAUGCACCAUUGGCUCCUGUUUGAAAUGAGCAGGCACUCCUUGGAGCAAAAGCCCACUGAGGCUCCACCAAAAGUACUGACCAAGUGCCAGGAAGAGGUCAGCCGCAUCCCUGCUGUCCACCCGGGUUCAUUCAGGCCCAAGUGCGACGAGAACGGCAACUAUCUGCCGCUCCAGUGCUAUGGGAGCACCGGCUAUUGCUGGUGUGUCUUCCCCAACGGCACGGAGGUCCCCAACACCAGAAGCCGAGGGCACCAGAACUGCAGUGAGUUACUGGAACUGGAGGACCCGUCUUCUGGGCUGGGUGUGACCAAGCAGGAUCUGGGCCCAGUCCCCAUGUGAGAGCAGCAGAGACGGUCUUCAACAUCCUGCCGGCCCUGCACAGCUACAGCUUUCUUGCUCCCUUCGGUCCCCAGCCCCUCCCCGAUCUCCCACCCUGUACCUCAUCCCAUGAAACCCCGGUACCUGGUUCUUCGUCACCCUUGGAAACGAAAAACCAAGUCGGAACAGCAGAUAACAAUGCAGCAAGGCCCUGCUGCCCAACCUCCGUUUGUCAACAGGGGCAUGAGGUCCCAGGAGGUGGCCAAAAGCUAGACGGAACCCCAUUCCUGACAUCACGGCAGCCUCCAACACAAGGCUCUGAGAUCUGGGCUCAUGGACAAGGUGGGAAGGCACAGGAAGAAGGGAUAACCCUACCCCCAGGCUGGACAGGCUGACUGUCCUUUCCCCUCUGGCCUUUGGCCUCGGCUUUUCUAGCCUAUUUACCUGCAGGCUGAGCCACUCUCUUCCCUUUCCCCAGCAUCACUCCCCAAGGGAGAGCCAAGAUUUUCCACCCAUAAUCCUUUCUGCUGACCCCUAGUUCCCUCUGCUCAGCCAAGCUUGUAUCAGCUAUCAGGGCCAUGGUUCAUGUUAGAAUAAAAGGUAGUAAGUAGAA